AUGACCUGGCUCUUCUGGGGUCCGGACACUGGAGGCUGUGUGACCUUCAAGGAUGUGUUCAUCAACUUCUCCUGGGAGGAGUGGGAACUCCUUGACGAUCUUCAGAGGCUCCUGUACCUCCGAGUGAUGCUGGAGAACUUUGCCCUGGUGGCCACACUCGGUCACCGGAGUGAAGAAGAUAGCAAGGAACCACACUGUGUCGCUGUCCAAGGAACACCACGGACCGGAACUGCCGAAUCAAGUCUCCCAAUGCAAAAAGCACGCCCUCGUGAGGAGUCGGACCCACUCCUGAAGAUCAUUUUGCACCUGGUGGGACACGGUGGCUCCUGCCCUGAGCAGCACGGAGGCGGGCUCCACGGGAGGGGCUUCUUGCUCGCCACAGAGCCUUCGCAGCCUCACAAGCAACAUCUCUGUGGAUGGGGUGAGGGAGGAGAGGACCCACUCCUGAAGAGUGCCCUUCAUGUGUUAGAGACACCGUUGCCACGCAGAGAAGAAGAGACGGGUCUGCUGAGCAGCUCCAGCCCGCACUCGCGCCAGACACAACACACAGCACACGGUGAGGUAAAUCUACACGAAAAAACCGAGCGCCUGGAGCCUCUCCCACACGCCUCUCCCACUCUUGGGAAACACCAGGAAGAGAGUAACGGGGUGACGCUCAAAGGCACGGGUAAUGGGCACGCCUCCCUGGACACCUUUACUCCUCUUCACAAUCUGCCACCUCUUCCUGAGGGGAAACCCUUGAGUCGCCAUCCAGGUGGACAUGCGUCCAAGAUCUCAGCUCUUCUCAGCCACAGAAACAUCCACACUAGAGAGACAUCUCCUGCGUGUAAGGAGUGUGGGAAGGCCUUCAUCCACCAAUCCCAUCUGAGGAGGCACCAGAAAUUUCACACUCGGAAAAGACACCCCGCAUGUCCCGAGUGUGGCAAGAUCUUCCCCCGCCAAGGCAAACUGAUCCAGCACCAGAAAGUUCCCGCGGGGGAGAGACCUUUUAAGUGCAGGGGAUGUGCCAAAGCCUUCAUCCGUAAAGACACACUCGCCCAGCAUCAAAGAUUCCACACUGGGGAAAGACCUUAUCAGUACAGUGAAUGUGGGAAGUUCUUUAGUCAACGUUCCCACCGUCUUCGGCACCGGAGAACUCAUACCGGAAGCACCGGAAGCAGGCCUUACCAAUGUACUGAAUGUCAGAAAUUCUUUAGUCGUAGACCCAGCCUUCUAAGACAUCAGAGGUCCCAUUCCGGAGCUCGGACCUACGUCUGUAGCAAGUGCGGGAAAGCCUUUGGCUCCAAAGAAACCCUGGUUAGGCACCAGGUAACUCACACUGGCACAAGGCCUUAUGAGUGUGGUCAGUGUGGGAAGGCCUUCAACCGGAGAGACACGCUUGCGAGUCACCAGAAAAUCCACACCGGGGAAAGGCCCUACGGAUGCAGCGAGUGUGGGAAAUUUGAACAUCAGAGAAUUCACUCAGGAGCCAAGCCUUACAAGUGCAGUGAAUGCGCGCGAUGCUUUGGUCACAGCUCCAGCCUCGCUUUCCAUCAAAGACUUCACACUGGAGCAAAGCCCUAUAUGUGUAGUGAGUGCGGGAAAUUCUUCAGUCGAAAUUCUAGCCUCGUCAUUCACCGCCGAGUUCACACCGGAGAAAAGCCUUACGUCUGCGCAGAGUGUGGAAAAGCCUACGCAGAUAGUUCUAACCUUGGACGGCAUCAGAGAGCACAUAUGGGAUAAAGGCUUCGUGAGUGCCACAGGA